AUUUAAUUGUAGAAUAACUGUAAUGUGCAGAAAUGGAAGCAAUACUGAAACUUCAGAAAUUCGACCCUGAGAAACUAGUCGAAUUAUGCCGAAUGCAUUUAACAUUUACUCUAGAUUUGGAUAAUGAUGCAUUUUCUCAUCUACUAGAAAAGGACAAUGGAAAAAAGAAACAACGCAACUAUUUUAGCCGUUUUAUGAAAGACAAAUCUAUAUCAGAAGUGAUGCCUUUGAAUCAAGAGACUAUAUCUCAUAUUUAUCAGAUCAUUGAAUUUCUAGGACGUGAGAUAAGUAAGUUAAUAAAAAUACUUUUAUUAAUAUUAAUACAAGGUUGUAAUGCAUCAGUCAUUUUAUAAACUUUUAACAACUGUGAUAAAAA